CAUGCUUAGGGAAGUAUCAUACCAAAUAUCUGAUAGCUACAAUUGGCAGGGAAGUAUUAUUAUAACACAUUAAACCCUACUUGGUCUCUUCUUAGUUAGUCUCCAGCGAAUAGAAGUGCCAUAAAUCCAUCAAAAAUAGAAUAAAGUAGGAAUCAGAAGACUUCUUAAAUGGGUCUAUGAUUACUUGUUCGGAUAGAGACUAAGGCUAAUACUUUGUAGUAAAUAGUUUUGUUUUUUUCAAUACUUAGAUUAUUUAUUAAAUACUUGAUAAUUAAUUAUGGUGCACCAAAUCUGAAUCCAAAGAAACUCUUAUUUCUUGUAGAUCAUUUCACCACUGAUAUAGUCGUAUUAAUCUUUUUUCAUAAAUGAAUUUUAUAAAACUUUUGAAAGAAGUUUAAUCUUGGGUAGUCUUGAUAAUACUUUUAAUUCAUCUGUCUUUUUGUUUAUAAAAUUAUUGCUCAGAAUCUGCUAAAGAAAUUAUUAAAAAAAGCAAAUAGUUGAUGAAUUUAAGAAAUUAGAGAAUUAGCAUAUCUAAGGAAAUACGUAAAAACAAUCAUAAAAUUCAAGUCUUAAACUAAAACUUUAAGUCAAUAGCUGCGAAAAAUUAAGGAGAAAUGUCCCUAAUUUUAAGAUGAUACCUAGACUGCCUGAAUAUUUGAUAUUUGAGGUUUGA